GCCAUGGAGACCCAUUCCAUGGAGCUCUCUACGUACUGUUGUUGUGCUAAUCUGAAGGGCACACCAAGUUUGGAGGUCUUCAGCUAUUGACUCUGCAGACAGUUGAAGCAGUUUGCAUGCAUAGGGGCUUGAUUAUAUAUAUCUGUGUCCAUGGAGGGGAUUGGAACACCUGAAUCACAUGAUUUGGAGGGUGGGCCCAAUACUUUUGGCAAUAUAGUGCCACAUUGGGUCUCGCAUUUAGGAAUAUGUUCUAAAGCAGGGAACACAUCAUCUAUACCCCGGAGAUAAGAA